AUGAACCAAACGUCUCCAAGUCCAUCACCGAAAAAGAGAUGCUCCACUGAUAUCAAGCUUCGAAUUCGAGCGCUGCGUCAAUCAGGUUGCUGUUUGGACGACAAUGAAGAAGACGAGGAGACAAACUCAUCGGGACAGAGGACGCGGCAGGAGAAUCAACCAGUAGGCCAAUCUCCUGACCUAAACACCAGGUCUAAUUUAUUGACCAACCACAGCGGCAACAAAUCUUACAUGGAUCAGCUGCCAUUGACUCCAAGCAUUAUUGUGAAUGAUGUUGUUGACGAGGCCCAAGAUCCGUCGUCAUCAUCGUCAUCAUCAUCAUCAUCCUCCAAUAAGAUACCUUCUGCUGACAUCACGACAGCUGCUGCUGCUGCUGCUGAUGGGUGUUUCAUCCCACCAUCUUUCACGCUUGGAUCCGUUGACAGCGAUGAGGAUAAGGAACAGGAGGACGAACACAGUUUGACCGGCAGCAGCUCGACCAGCAGUGACGACGACGACGACAUAUUGCUUUCCUUGGAUGAUUUUGAUUUGGGCAUUCAACAAAAACCCUUUUUGAAAUGGGGAAGUGAGGCCUUUGUUUCGGUAUCCAUCAAACAACGAGUAAGGACAACAGCUCCUGCUGCUAUUACUGCUAUUACUGCUGCUGAUACUACCACGGAUAAUGAUGAAGCGAGCAUUCAAGACACAAAUGAUGAUGAACUUCGGCAGCUGGCCAACACGCAUGGAAUUGGUCAAGAAGAAGAAGAAGAGCAUCAUCAACAAAUUGUGCAAGUCACGACGGCGGACGAAAUGUCACUUUCGUCCGAGAGUAGUACCGAGGAAGAGGAUGACGAAGUUUUUAUUUAUCGGGGACGACAUCGUUACGAAGCUCGUCGCGAUCCUCACACUGUUCGUAAGGUAAAAGUGCACAAAUCGGUGGGAACCGAAAUUCCAAAUCGGGCCUUUCAAUAUUGCUCGUUGCUGACUCAAGUACAGUUGCCCAAGAAGGGUUUACUAAAAAUUGGAAUCGGUGCCUUUGAAGAUUGUUCGCAAUUGCAAGACAUUGAAAUUCCAUCUACGGUCAUUGAGAUCAAGACGAAUGCCUUUUGGUCCUGUCGGAGUUUGAGACAUUUGGUACUGCCAGAAGGAUUGCAAAUUGUGGGCAUUGGAGCCUUUGCCUAUUGCGAAUUUGAAACGGUGGUGUAUCCAUCCACCCUCAAAGAAAUUGGGGACGGAGCCUUUCAUUGGAACUCUGUAUUGACUACAGUCUAUCUGAAAGAGGGUCUCAAAAAGAUUGGCAAGGAUGCCUUUAGUCACUGUGAAUCGUUGGUAAAUGUCAAUAUCCCUAGAACUGUCAAGCAAAUAUCCAAAGGUUGCUUUGAUGGUUGUGGACAACUCAUGUCAGCAGAGUUAUCACCCAGUCUCAAGAAUAUUGGAAACUACGCCUUUCACAUGUGUGACAAGCUCCGACUGAUCUAUCACGAAAACUUUCUUGGCAAUGGCGCCUUUUUCUCUUGUACUGAUCUUUAUGUUCCUUUGAAUCACCACAGCGUGUCGCGCUUUGUAGACGAGUGUGAUGAUCAGACCCAAAAUUGGAAUGCUUUUAUUUGCCACAUGGUGGCCAAGCGAUUUGAAGAUUUGCCACUCCAUCGAUUGUGCUACAGACAGGCUUGUGAAUCCCAUUCAAAUCAAGUCACUCAUCCAGAACGAAUUAGUACUAGACAAGCGAUGAUGAUUCCAACAUAUGACGACGACGACAGCAUCAUGGAUCUUGUGGAUCCUUAUGGAAUGACAGCAUUCCAUAUACUGGCGCUCUCGGUCCGACCCAACAACGUUGAUUUGUUUCAACAACUGCAAAAAGUAUACCCGAGAAAGGCACUGACCAUGCAAGAUUACUGGAAGACUACGCCAUUGGAAUACUUGUGUUUGAACAGGGCUCCUGGUACAGUGGAAAUCUUACAGUCGAUGAUGGAAUGGGGAUUCGAGUCUCGAAUUCUGCAAUUCCUUGGUUUGGUCCAAUGGAAACAAGAAGUUCUAUUCGAAAUGGACGGCCUUCUUGCUUCUUUUGGUACCAUUCCAAUCAGUGAACGAAGAGGACAGUUGCAUCAAUUUUUACUCAAGCUCUUGGACCAUGAACGACUCGAGGCGCUGUCCUUGUUGGAGUGCGCCUGUUGGAAAGCCAAACUACUGGAGCAGCAAGCAGCAGCAGCUAUUAUGAUAGAGACGGAUGGUGGUGCUACUACUGACUUAAUAUCAUCAUCAUCGGUAUUUGAUGCUGGAGACGAACGAUCAUUUUGUCGAUUUCGGUGUGGUGCAGAUGUCAUCAUUGUGAAUGCCAUGUCCUUUCUCGGUCCAGUAGCGCUGCCAAGCACUUCGGCUUCGGAAUGA